CCAGGUCUACAGUCAAGUGGAUGCAACUUCAUCUCCAGUAACAGCAAGAAGAAGACAAGUAACAGGAACAGGAAGAAAGCUUAGCAACAACAUGAAGAUCUUUGGAAUAACUCUGGCUGUACUUUUGGUGGUUGCUCUGGCGACACCUGGCGAGGCCACCUUUGGCAAACUGGGUCUGGUUCUGGGUGGUGCAGGCGGUGGUGGUGGCUACGGCAGUGCUUAUCCAUAUUCUGCUGCUGGCUACGGCGGUGGCUACGGCGGUGGCUACGGCGGUGGUUACGGCGGUGGUUACGGCGGUGGCUACGGCUAUGGUGGUGGCUACGGAUCUGGCUAUGGCAACGAGAAUGUGGUCAAGGUAAUCAAGGUCUCAGUGCUGCCAACUGGUGGCUAUGGAGGAAGCUACGGCGGUGGUUACGGCGGUGGCUACGGCGGUGGUUAUGCUGGCACCAUUGGCGGUGGUUAUGGUGGCUUCGUUGGUGCCGCACCUGCCAUUUCCACAUCGGCUGUGGUUACACCUGUGGUCACAUCUGUGGCAACGCCUGUUUUAGCUGGCGGUGGUGCUGGCUAUGUUGGUGGCAUUGCUGGUGGCUACGGUGGUUUUGGUGGUGCAGGUGCUGCACUGCCAGCUUCCUAUGGAUUUGGCGCUGGUUAUGGCGCCGGCGGUGGCUUUGGACUUGGCUUUGGUGCGCCUGCAGCUCUCGGCGGUGGCGGUUGGUGCUAGGCAAUGCAUACUGUGCUCUAGACGAAAGCGAAUCUUGACUAAAAAAUGUAAACUUUUUUUUUAUAAAUUUAUUAAACGAAAUGUAAUUAAAUAAAGUUAAAUUAAGCGCAAAACAAUAAUGAAGAAAGCAACUGAUGUUGCUAGGCAGUGUUUACUGUAUGCAAAGAGUAUGCGAAAUAUUGACGUAAGCGACAUGAUCCGAAAAUAAAAUAUAUUGUUUCUAA